AUGCUUUCGUUGGAAUACCUUGCAAUCGCUGUUAAGCUAGCGAUGCUCCUAGCUUCUGUAGGAGAAGCUGCAUAUUGUGAUCAAGGAAAAGUAGAGGAGGAUGAAGUCAACAAAGUUCUAAGCAUUGUAAAUGAUCGCCGUUCGCAAGUCGUGCGUGGAGAUCAGCAGAAUGGACACAGUGGCUCAAAUCUACCUCCCGGAAAAAAUAUGAACCAACUAUAUUGGAGCUGUGAUCUGGAAAAUACUGCGGCAAAACAACUGAAUGGUCAAUGUCUGGAGAAUGCUCCAGCGCCGGCACCUUCUGAUAAGAGCCAAAUAUUUUCUAAAGAUUACUUUUACGAAGGAUUCCCGCAAAAGAGCAUUUCUGAAGUUCUAAACAGUUUCCUCGUGAUUAUCGAUAAUGCGGAGCUUUCUGACACUGGUGAAGAUGUGAAAGUUUCCGUCGAAACAUUACGUGAAUAUGCGAAUUUGAUAAAUCCGGAGACCACAGAAGUUGGUUGCACAACCACAACGUGUAGUAGUCAGGAGUAUACGGAGUAUACGAUAUACUGCCUCACGAACCAAAGAUCUCUUGAGGUUGGUGAGACCAUUUACGAGAAAGGAAAUGGCGGAUGUGACAGUUGCCCCAGAACAAAUACCGCAUGUCCAUCGAAUGAGGGAAUGACAGAUAAGCUACGAAUGCACUUCAAGGACACGCACAAUUUUCGCAGGAGCGAACUUGCCUUCGGUCGAAUACAGAAGAAUAACGGGAAUUAUUUGCCAACAGCAGGCAAUAUGUUUAAACUGGAGUAUAAUUGCGAACUAGAGGCGGGUGCCAUAGAACGCGCUAAGCAAUGUCCCCGUCUUAAAUCUGCGCAAAGUUCUAGGCCGGGAAUAGGCGAGAACUUCCGCAGGAUUCCGAUCACGGAAGGAUUUCCGACGUACAGAGAUGCUAUCAAAGAGGUCGUCACUCGGUGGUGGAAUGUGGUUCGUCAUUGUUCUGGAAUUGGAAUGGCAGCUGUUUUCCGCGAAAAGCAUGUCGGCACAGCAAUCGUCUCAUUUACCCAGAUGGCUUGGGCCACCACGAGGUAUCUGGGUUGCUCUAUCGCCAAAUGCGAAUCGGAUUAUGUCGCUGUGUGUAGAUAUCAACCAAGAGGAAAUAUUGUCGAAGAAAAUGUCUACAAACCAGGGACCACAUGCACGUUAUGCACCACCUCUUGUGAUACCAAUCUUGGACUGUGCUUGUAA